AUGGAGUGAAAAAGUUACGCAAUCAGCGCAGAAACCAGGGCCAGCACAGACCACCAGUGUGCUGCAAAAUUGAAGAAACUGGUUGAGAUAGGAGCUAUACUUGGGGUUUGGAUUUGGUUUUUAUACAUUGGAGUUGGAAAAACUCAUUCCAGACCACCUGCUCCUCAAUGCAUGUUUUAUAGUUGAACCUUCAAUUUGGCUUCCAUUUGCGCAACGUCAUGAAGGGUGACAAAGUGCAGCAGAUGAAGGUAGAGGCCUCCAAUGGACAGGGUAUACCUUUGGACACUGUAGUCAGUCCAGAAGAGGACAUGACAGAAAGGGGGCAAUGGGGAAACAAGCUGGAAUUUAUUUUGUCUGUGGCUGGAGAAAUUAUCGGGCUGGGCAAUGUGUGGCGUUUCCCUUAUCUUUGUUACAAGAAUGGAGGAGGUGCUUUCUUCAUCCCGUAUCUCAUCUUCCUGUUUACUUGUGGCAUCCCUGUGUUCUUCUUGGAGACCGCGCUUGGACAAUACACAAGUGAAGGUGGUGUUACAGCCUGGAGGAAGAUCUGCCCUUUAUUUGAAGGAGUUGGUUAUGCCACUCAGGUGAUUGUGGCCCUGCUGAACAUAUACUACAUUAUCGUGUUAGCCUGGGCCAUCUUUUAUCUGUCCAACUCAUUCACCUGGGACCUGCCGUGGGCCUCCUGCAAAAACACCUGGAACACGGGUUCCUGUGUGACGUUUCAGAGAAGGAACAGCUCCAUUACUCCCUACGAGAAUGCUACCUCCCCGGUCAUGGAAUUCUGGGAACGCAGGGUGCUUAGAAUUUCGUCAGGGAUCGAUCAAAUUGGUUCUUUAAACUGGGACUUGGUGAUCUGUCUGGCCAUUGCCUGGGUCAUCUGCUACUUCUGCAUUUGGAAAGGAGUCAAAUCCACUGGCAAGGUGGUUUACUUCACAGCCACGUUCCCAUAUAUGAUGUUAGUGAUCCUGCUGAUUCGAGGGGUCACCUUGCCAGGAGCAUCCAGGGGGAUCUACUUCUACCUCUACCCUGAUGUGGGGCGUCUUUCUGACCCACAGGUUUGGAUGGAUGCUGGCACUCAGAUCUUCUUCUCCUAUGCCAUUUGCCUGGGCUGUCUUACUGCACUGGGAAGUUAUAACAAAUAUAACAACAACUGCUACAGGGACUGUUUGUCUCUGUGCUUCCUGAACAGCGGCACCAGUUUUGUGGCAGGCUUUGCCAUUUUCUCUAUUUUGGGAUUCAUGUCUUAUGAACAGAACGUUCCAAUCUCAGAGGUGGCAGAAUCUGGUCCAGGUUUAGCAUUCAUCGCGUAUCCACGUGCUGUGUCCAUGAUGCCUUUCUCUCCUCUGUGGGCCUGUUGCUUCUUCGUCAUGAUUGUCUUUUUGGGACUGGAUAGUCAAUUCGUGUGUGUGGAAAGCCUGGUGACGGCCAUGGUGGACAUGUAUCCGUCCACUUUCCGACGCAAACACCGCAGGGAGCUUUUUAUCCUGGUUGUGGCUGUUCUUUCCUUUCUUAUGGGACUGAUUUUGCUCACUGAGGGAGGAAUGUACGUUUUCCAGCUUUUUGACUAUUACGCAGCCAGCGGGAUGUGUCUACUCUUUGUAGCCAUUUUUGAGACAGUUUGCAUUGCGUGGGUUUAUGGUGCAGACAAGUUCUAUGACAACAUAGAAGACAUGAUUGGUUAUCGUCCAGGCCCUGUUAUUAAAUAUUGCUGGCUGUUUUUCACCCCUGCCACCUGCUUUGGUACCUUUGCCUUUGCCUUGAUUAAAUACACCCCAUUAAAAUACAACAAUGAAUACGUGUACCCUUGGUGGGGCUACGGAAUUGGCUGGAUCCUCGCCCUGUCUUCCAUGCUGUGUAUUCCGCUUUGGGUGGCAAUUAAACUUUAUUAUACCCCUGGGACACUACGACAGCGCCUCGUUCUCUUGACCACCCCUGCCGAUGAUUUGCCCCAGUGUGAACGCAAACGGGAGGAUUUUAUAUCUGAUGACCUCUAUCAGAAGACGCCUCUGAGCAAGGAAGGCUACUCGCCCGUCCACCAACUGGAGUCCCAUUGCUAGAGACUGCAAGGUCAAGGUUCAGCCUGUGAACACCCAAACACUCAAUGCCGUACCUCAUCAAGGCUACGGACUCCUGGGAGUCACUUGAAUAGUUGUUGCUGAUCUGGUGCUCAUUGACAUUGUGAAUGCUUUCAAUAUACUGGGUGAUUGUAUUAUUUUGAUCUAUGCAAGCAUCCCAUUGCCAACGGUAGAGUCAAAUCUGAACAUUAUUUUGACAAAGUGUUACAAAACAAAACCUUUUCCGUUAUAGUGUUUAGAUCCAUUUUUUACAUAAUAAAUGUGUACUAUGUUGUGUUUAAUGUUUUAAACAUAAUAAUUUUAUAACUCAUUAAA